GAUGUGACGCUAUGUAUCUUUGACGGUUUCGCAUUAAAGACAAGACGCAUAGCGGUGGAUUUAAUAAGGGUAUCCUGGACGACAUGAACGCGAGCGGAGAGUCCGGCGGAACGAUGUCGGAAGAUUAUGAAGUCGGAGGCUGCAGCGUUCAGGAAGAGGAGACGGGCUCGAAUCUGCCAACAUGGGAGGCGGUGGCAGCCACGUUGACCUUGGGCUUCCUCGUGCUGGCGACGGUGUUCGGAAACGCAUUGGUGAUUCUGAGCGUGUUCACUUACCGGCCACUACGGAUUGUCCAAAACUUCUUCAUCGUCUCGCUGGCGGUGGCCGAUCUCGCGGUAGCGAUCCUCGUGAUGCCAUUUAACGUAGCCUAUUUACUACUAGGCAAAUGGAUUUUCGGUAUUCAUCUGUGCAAGCUGUGGUUGACAUGCGACGUGCUCUGUUGCACCGCCAGUAUCCUCAAUUUAUGCGCUAUCGCGCUGGAUCGUUAUUGGGCGAUUACCGAUCCUAUUAAUUACGCCCAGAAACGCACUCUUAAACGAGUCCUUGGGACAAUCGCGGGCGUGUGGAUUCUCUCCGGUGCUAUCAGCUCGCCACCGUUAGCCGGUUGGAACGACUGGCCAGAAGAAUUGGAACCAGGCACUCCCUGUCAGCUCACUAGACGGCAGGGCUACGUAAUAUACUCGUCUUUGGGCUCAUUCUUUAUACCGUUGCUGCUGAUGAGCUUGGUUUACCUGGAGAUCUUUUUGGCGACGCGUAGGAGACUGCGAGAACGGGCGCGACAGAGCAGGCUGGGUCCGGUGCAGUCCACCAGGCACCGCGAGACCGACGAUGCCGAGGAGUCGGUCAGCUCGGAGACGAAUCACAAUGAGCGCUCGACGCCCCGUCUGCAGGCGAAGCCAUCCCUAAUCGACGACGAGCCGACCGAAGUGACGAUAGGUGACAACGAUCGUCGUACCACCGCAUCCACCAGGCGAGGUGCCGGCGAAGUUAUCCCCGACACCUCGACCGUCUAUCAGUUCAUCGAGGAACGACAGCGGAUCUCGCUGUCCAAGGAAAGACGCGCGGCGAGGACUCUGGGUGUCAUCAUGGGCGUCUUCGUCGUCUGCUGGCUGCCGUUCUUCCUCAUGUACGUCAUUGUGCCGUUUUGUCCGGCCUGCUGCCCAUCUGACAGAAUGGUGUACUUUAUCACGUGGCUCGGCUACGUCAACAGCGCUCUCAACCCCCUCAUCUACACGAUCUUCAAUCUUGAUUAUAGAAGGGCGUUUAGACGACUGUUGCGAAUCCGUUGAGUCCUCGCGGCCGUUGCGUUUGGCCCUUGGGCUUUGUUGGCAGACGAGGGGGAUCCUCGCGAUCCUCGUUCGGCGUUCGCGAGUCACGCGGAACCUCGCGGUGAUCGGUUAUAAUAGCAGCCCCUGCGUCACGACUUCUAUACUCACGGGAUUUCCGUCUGCUAGCCAACAGAGGAGUCGUUAAGUAAGUUCUUCGU